ACCACCUUAGCGGCCGACGGCCCGCGCGCGUGUGCUAGUGUUGUUUGCUGCCGCUGCUGAUAGCAGAGAAUGGCGAACGCCACCGAGCACCGCGUGCGGAUGCCGGCUGAUCCUCCCGCCGGCGACGACAAGGCCGCGCAUCCUGAGAAGCGGCUGGACCGCUUCGUGCACUCGGUCGCGCCGAUGGAGAGGCUGGGAAACGCGCUGGGCAUGUUUGCGCUCGCGUGGGCGACCAUCGUCCUGCUCGGCGGCUACCCCACGCAGCUCCGCUGGCAAUAUUUCUUGAUCACGACCAUCGUAAUUUUCAUGGAAGGCGUGGGGCAUUGAGGUCUGGUUACCUUGUACCCUAUGUGGUGAGCUUACCAGCUACACCUUAUACAAGAUCACACCAAUAAAAACAACACUGCAAUCACAACGAACUGGAUGAUGAUGAUGAAGUAGCCCAAACUGUCGAUCCCACUUGCCAACUUCAACACUGCAUACCUGCUUGAGCAUGGCCUUGGAGUAAGCAUUCUCCGUCGUCUGCCUACUCAUAAACCCUUUGUGGCAGCUGUUUUGUAACCCGCCCCUUGUUUAUCGCAUGCUUUCCAUGAACAGUAAAACCUCUGUGGUAGUUCUGGGUGGGUGUGUUGAGGAACUCUGUGUCCUUGGGGUGAGCGUAUGAAAGAAAUACAGCUGCAUGGUUAGUUGGACAACAGCGAGGUUACUUGCGAUUGGCAUGGUACAUAGGUUUAAAUAGGUGGUUCGUGAGCUAACCGCGGUGUGGCCUUGAUAGUGCUCUGCCCCCAAAAGGAUCGAGCAGGUCUCCUGAUCCCAUGAAGCACCGCUGAGGUCUCUAAGGCUUGGGCACUAUAAUCCACCUCGCUCUCCACUUCCUAAGGUGGUUGUAGACCUGAGGCGAGGUGACUUCCUGCCCACAAAACUCGAAUACCUCCUUUGCAACAACGUUCAAGUGCACCUCCUUGAAGCCCUUGUCAGUCUUCACCCCAUUGGGUAUGAUUUCACACAUCUUGUUAAGCACGAAUGUCGACAGGAACGACUGCCAUUUCAUGGAGUUUCCCCUGCCCUCCUUCUUUUUCUUUGCGGCUACCUUUUGAGUAGCAACAUAAGCUGCAUCAUUGGGCUGACCAGCACAAAUGAUGUAGCCACAAAUGGUGGAACCAUAGGAGACACCUCGAAAACAUCUAAAUCAGGAGGCAUCUGGUCGAUGGGAGGCCGAGAGUCCUCGAUAUAGGACACCGAAAACUGGCACUGGGACAAGACAAGGACCUGACUAAAGUCUUGCAUGCUCAUGUCCUAUAAGUGUAAGCAUCAACAAGAGUGGAGCAAUACUACACAUUGAUAGUAGGAACUAGAACUAAACAUGGACAGUAUGAACGAACACUACAUAUGGACAGUAUGAACAAGCACUACUACACAUACAAGCGGAUGAUCUAGUUCAACACAUCAUCUCAAAUCAUAGCAAGGAGUUCAACAAACUAGCACACUACCGCACAUCAAGUGUAGUACCAAUCCAUCACCGCUAGCCAUCAAACCUUGCUGACAUGGAAACAAUUCCUAGCAUGCUUCAAAUCCAUCACCACUAGCUACCAGAACAUCACAUUCACACAGAUUGACUAUAUAUACAACAUGGUCACAGAUCUAACCCUACCACAUGCUCACAGGUCUAACUAGAACGAGUACAUAUAAGGGGGUGAUUGAACUCACAGACUCUAUCGGAGCAUCUCGAAGGAGGGGCAGAACACGUCGGAGAAGAGUAGGACUCGAAUCGCAGCCGCCAUUAGCCGAUGACCGGAGCAGGAGUGCCACUUACCUGGUCGUCAUUGUCAAUCCGCACCGGAGGUACAAUGGAAGGCCGAUGGCCAGAGCAGGAGUGCCACUUACCCGGUCAUCAUUGUCAAUCCGCGAUGCGUUCCCCUCGCCUGUAUUGCUCGAGCCUGGCUCACUGGAAACGGCCGAAUCCCAGCAGGCCUGGCUCACAUGGAACGACCGAAUCACAGCGAGCCUCGCUGGGGGUGCUUUAAGUACUAUGCUAUGCAACAUUUUGAUGCAGCCCAACCAACCAAACAACCUAUUUUCUUCCCUUGUUGGCUUGGUUAGGCUUGAUGAAGGCCACAAAAUGCGUCAUAAGCUGCACAUUCACAGUUUUUUUAAGUACAUCUAGAAAAAGAAAGAGCACCAGUUGCCACACGCAACCCAUUUGACGAUAAAGGGUUUCUCACCGCUUUAUAUUAUAAAGCAACCAUCCGAUAAAACGAGCUCGCUGGGGCCACAACACAAACAAGCCCAAAAGAAAAAGAGAGAAAACGAAAGAGAAACAAACGCCGCAACGGCAGAUCGACGAAACAAAGAUGGCCGGCAACCGCUGCACCCUAUGGAGAAGUACCAUUGUGCUUCUAGCACUCUAAAGCGCCGCGUACCGAGCAACACGUUCAAGAAAGAAUGCGACGACGACGACGUCGCUGCUGCCCGGACAUGUGAGUUCAAUCACCCCCUUAUACCGAGCUGACAGUGUACCUGAUACUAUCUGUGGUCGUGCUUCUACUCACAGUCAGCAGGCUGCAGUUCCCAAGAAUAGUCAAACUAGUAGACUGCACUCUUGGCAACAAAAUAGUAUUUUGGCGUCGAGUUAUUAUGAACUUGUGCAUGUUGGCUGCAAUGGUAUUGCCCAUCGUCACUUCCCAUGGCGAUGUAAGAGGGGCGAUGAUCAUGUUAGACAUAUUUGGUCUAAUGAUAGCGUCAUUUGGCAACCUCCAGAUUCCUGCAGCAGUAGUGCGCAUUGGGCUGGCACUGUGGGGCCUUAUAGUUAUAAGGCAAUACUCACAUGAUGAUCAUGAAAAUGCCGACCAGACAAAUCUUGUGCCAUCCCAUUUAAUCUUUUAUAUGAUGGUGCUUGGCCAGGGAAUACUCUAUAUUGUUGGUGGCAUCCUUGAGAUCUUCUCAUUCAUCCUACGGUGGUCCCUCACCCUUCAUGCUGGAUUUAGAGGUCCCCAAGGACUGGAAUAUGUCAAUUUAUACUAUGCAUAUGUCUUCGACAAAUGCAUGAAAGGGGCUGUGCUUGCUCCAGAGAAGACUAGCCUCAUCACAUUUGCUGUGGAUUCUUUAAAUUCAGGCUCACCCAAGAAGCGACUCUAUGGGCUUAAGAUGCUGCUAACCUUUCUUGAAAAGGAUCCCUUGAAGACCAAAGCCAUAUCGGAACUCACCACUUCCAUAAAGACAAUGACCUGCUUGAUCAGCAUGUUGGGUUGAACGAGUGAAGGGGAUAAAGAUAUUAGAUUAUUUGCUGCAAAGGUCACAGCCAAGCUCGCUGAUAACCUCUACAUUGUCCCUAUCCCUGGGGCAAUGCAGCUCAUAGCCUCACUUCUGGACACUGCUCACCGGCAGAAAUUAAAGGAUCCUCUUCUGGACAUUGGCAGCCCCAAGACAAAACAGUAUAGUCCGAUUCAACAAGUUAGAAGGAAUGGACAGACCUCCCCGAUGCUUAAAAGGUUGAAAGAGUUGUCAAUAUACUGUUUGAUUCCAAGGAAGGAGCCAACUAACAUGGAUGAACAAAACUCCCAUGUACUCCGAUGCUGGAAGCGGAUCACAAAACGUUGGUCUGUUCCAGAGGAGGAGCCAUCAACAGAUCAAGAUCUCCUACCUUUGUUGGGCAUGUUAAUUCUUGAUAGCCUUGCUAGCUUUGAUCUUGAGAACUGUAUAGAAAUCAGCAGAGCAACUGGCCUCAUCUCAAAGAUCAUAGAGUUCACAAGCAGCAUAACUGAAAUGACUAAUAUUAAUGAGACACAGCAGGCACUGCUGAAAGGUUCAUCACUGGAGCUGCUGACAAGAUUUUCAAGUACUAAAGGGGAAUUUGGUGUAAUUAUGCGUCAGAAGAUUUCAGAACAUCCCUUCCUUUUGGGCCAUCUUGCAGAUAUCUUGGAUGACAGUGGGAGUAGCCAAGAACUUAUGGAGCUCACAUCAGAACUCCUUAGAAAUCUGGCCAUGGAGGGAAAUACAAAGGAGGAGAUUGGACAAAUCCGAGUGAUCAUUAGCAGGUUGAUGCAUGCAUUUCUCAGCCAAGAUGCACUCUCAAGUACGGAUUCAGGUCAGCGGCUACGAAUGAAAUCAGGACAAGCGCUGGCAGUAUUGGCAAUGGAGAGUGCGAAUAACUGUUCCGUUAUGUUAGCAGAACCAGGGUACGUAUUCAUCAAGGAACUCACACUUAUGAUCCAUAGUGACAGGUACAGGUACGUAGCAUCAAUCUUGUUGCGGAAUAUGUGUGUGCAUGCUCGACCAGUGCUUCGCAACUCUGACCUGAAGGAAAUCUCCUACAUUGUGAGAGAGGUACUGGAAGGAAUAAUGGAUGCAGAAGGGAAAGAACUGGAGGUCCUUGUUGAUCUUAGUUCACAAAUAUGUAAUGCCACUCCAGACGAUUUUGCGCGAGAACUAGAGCAUGGUCAGAUUAAGGAGACAUUUAUAAAGAGGCUUGUCGAUGCACUUUACUCAAAUAUGAUACCCACUGCUCACUGUCCCAGCAUCAGGAGGGCGAUAGUUGAACAUGCCAUAUACAUGAUGGAAUCCAAUACGGUCUAUGCUAGCUGUUUCAAGAACUGUGGGAUGAUGGAAGCACUACUAGUGGUAGAGCGUACACCUUCAAGGGCUGGAAACUACAGGUUCUUCUCAGGUGAUGCAGGACUCAUGGAGCACAGCAUACCUCUAUCCACACUUGUGGCUAGAGCAAAAGAACUGAUGGACCGUGAGUAGCUACAAGGCAUCGGCAGUGAAGUGUCACCUGAAUAUGUGUUUAGAAGAUAUUGUACUCCUACUAAUAGUAUAUACUGGGACUUGUAGACUCAAUUUGCUCACCACAAUAGCGAGUUACACCAAGGAGAUCCCAGGAAACUAGAAUUGAUAUUAAGCAGUUAAUUUGUGUAUAACAAGUUACAAUAUAUGUAUCAUGAUGAUGGCAACUUAAAUAAUGAAUGUUAAGACCAUGGAUAUAUGAAAAAUGAUGAAUCUUUUUUGUAAUUCAA